GGUUCCCAAUUAGUGUUUUCAAAUCAUCAAACAAAUGUUAAUAUAAAAUGUCAUUUAAAAUUUGUAUUUUUUUUUUAUAAAUGGAGAAAACUAUUGAAAUCUAAAAUCUACUAAAUUUGUCAUUAUUGACAACUCAUAUGUAUAUUACAAUACAUUGUAUGUGCUUGCUCACAUGACUGUCAAAAUUGGUAGAAUCAAAGAUUUAGGUUACACACCAAAAAUUCUGUCUUCAUAAAGUGAAGGGCUGUACGGCUAAGGAUGCAUUUACUGCAUGACAUCGUAUUGAGACCUGUUCCUUGGGCAGCCAAAUAGCGUGACGAAAAUUCUGAAAAUAUCUCGGAAAGUUGUGGAUGGUGGAUGUUUUCUAUCGCAACAGCUGUCUAAGUUAGACGACAUUCUGUGUUUUGUUAAGCUUUCCACAGGCACACACACAAAUCUUGUCACACAGUCAACCCCCUCCACGUGACUCACAGUCAGAGUGGUGGUGGGGCUGGGGGUGGGGGAACGAUUGUAUAAAUAAUUUAAUCCUUGGAGAACAUCUGCCAAACUCCAGAAGAGCUCCAAGAAGUUACACGCUGGUCGUUCGAGGCCCAGGAAAUUUGACCCCUCGUUUUGUUGACCAACUAAGGCUUCUGUGAAAAGAUGGAGGAUCUGCAGAACUCUACCCAGUCUUCCACACACUCUCUUCUUCGCGCGCAGGCGGCGCAAAGCAGCGGAAACGCCUACUUGUACAUUUUAAUCGUCAUCUCUUUCUACGGAGUCUUCCUCUGCGGCAUCAUGCUGGGUUACUUCCACUCCAAGAGGAAGGAGAAGAGGAGGACCAACAUUUUCACGCGCCUCGUGCACGAUGAGGAAAAGCGGGGGUGGGGCGCGCUCCCCAAGAAGCACAGCCUCUCCUUCGCCGGGGAGGCCGCCACGGGAGCGCGCUCGUUGAACCUGGCUUUGCCGUUCUCCGGUAACCACGGCAACCCGUUCGGACAUCUACGCCACGAGACCGCGCUGCCAUCCCCUCUCGCGUGCGCGCUCUGCACGGAGCAAAGCAGCAUCAGCUCCCUGUGCUCCUCCGCGGACACGCGCUUGGCCAUCGAGGAGGAGGAGUCGGACAGCGGCACUGGGGAGGGUCCGGAUGAGACCCCCAAGGGGGCAGUGGAAAACAGUGGGGAGGACUCCGGCUGAAAGGGACGGAAAAAGGAAGGCUCGCACAAGCCCGUCAGGACUCUGUGGCGCAAAGAUGAGAACCAUAGCCAAAUGAUGAUCAAAACUCGCACUUAAGAAGGACCGAUGACUGUGUUAAUAGAUAAACUCUGGUAAAAGUGGGCCUUCUGAUUUAAUUCAA